UGUUGUUGUAUUUUUUAGAAAAUGUGACAUAUUCUACAAUUUUAUGGUUCGAUGGAUCCAAAUUCCAAAACAUCGAGAAACAUAGUGGCGGGAGGUUAAUGAUGUGGACCUGAUUAAAAAUACUUAUUUAUUCUUAACUUUAAACAGAUUAUUUCAGAGGAACAUGUCGUAGUAGUGAAAAAGUGUUGAUGCAGUCGUGUUCAGGAACACACGUAAAAAAGGGAAACAGGACAUUAGGUCAAACCGCAGUGGAAAAAACAAGCAGGACAUAAUGUGUCAUUAGAGAUAUUACCACACUGGUGCAGAGUCAUUUGGAUGCUGAGGUUUCCUAUCAAGACAGAGCCAUGUCCCUCACCUACGUCAUCCCUGACGACUACUUUGACCAAAAUGAAACUGAACCGUUCGACGUGAACCUAAACACAAUAUCAUGUAAUCCAAAACCUCUGGAUCCUAUGGCAGGGGCGAUCUCGUCUCUGAUCCUUGUGGCCAACUUUUUACUGGCGAUCCUGGGUAACUUGCUGGUAGGAUGGGUGAUCAGCUCCAGCAGACAGGUUUUGACUUCAUCAGACGUCUACUUGUUCCACCUGACAGUAGCAGACGGACUCAUGGCCCUGACGCUCCCAUUUUUCGCAGUAGCGCUGGUUUGGGGAUGGCUCUUUGGCGACUUCAUGUGCAAGUUCCUCAACCUGGUCAUAGAAGCAAACUUCUACACCAGCAUAAUCUUCCUGGCUUGCAUCAGUGUUGAUCGGUACCUUGUGAUUGUGCAUGCCAAUGAGACCCACGGGACUAAACAGAGGAAGUGCAGCAGGAUCCUGUGUGCGGCGGUCUGGGCCCUCGGUUGGGGCCUCGCUUUGCCUGCCCUUUUCAACGACGCCUUCAAGCUUGACGAGAACUCCGAGAGGCUCAUUUGCACAGAACGAUUCAACAUUGGCAGCAUCACCAGUUGGAGGAUCGCCACUCGUGGGUUUCGCCACAUUUUUGGCUUUCUGAUCCCGCUGGCUGUCAUGGUGGCCUGCUACGGCGUGACUGUCGCUAGGCUGUUGAACACUCGCGGUUUCCAGAAGCACAGGGCCAUGAGGGUGAUCAUAGCCGUGGUGAUCGCGUUCCUGCUGUGCUGGGCGCCGUACCAUAUAACCAUGAUGAUCGACACGCUGGUCAGAACCAACCUGAUCCCGUUCGACUGCAGCUUCAGGAGGUCGGUGACCUUAGCCCUGGAUAUAACCAACACCCUGGCUCUUCUGCACAGCUCCAUAAACCCGUUCCUGUACGCCUUUGUGGGAGAGAAGUUCAGGAAGAAAAUGAUGUACCUCAUGCAGAAGAGAUUCAGACAGGAGAGGAUGUCAGGGUCAAAGGCCAGCCGGUCAACCUCUCAGACCUCGGAGGGAACUGGAACAAUUCUCUGAAUGCGUUUGAGGUCUUAAACUUAGAUUUGUAUUGCUUGUAUAGUGAGAGGAAUCAACAAACAUGGAGACGUGGUUUAACAUUCUCUUUGUAUCUGAUUUGAGAUGAUGAAAACUGGCAGCAGUGUCCAAAUCUGUCACAAAAAUAAGAUAAAAUAAAUUAGAUCCACUUUAGGACGUAUCAUACUUUUUGUUUUUUGUUUUUUUGGAAAUAAAAGACAGUAGAUAUUUCAAUUAUUUUCAAUGGUUGGACUUCUUGUACUCCUCUUAGAUAUUAUGACACAUUGCUGCUGUCAUGUUACACCUGUUAUUUCAUUGACACAAUAGUAGCGCAUUUUACGAUAUAUUUAAGAAAAUAAAGUACUGUUAAAUCCCUUAAAAGUAUAAUUUUACCGUAUUUACAAUUGUACAGUGUAAAGUUUCAACUUUUAUCUUUCUUCUUUGUGAAUAAAGACGAUGCUGAAUGUGUGCUUUCAUAUGCAAAUACAUGAAAUAUAUAUAUAUUUUCUAUCCAAACUUGUUUGGUUUGAUUGUAACCAAUAAAUCUAUUUACAACUCGUUAAAUGAAUUUGUUUUAACUUUU